GCCCAGUGGCUCGGAGUCGGCCCAUUCCAGCUCAGUUACAGUUCUGUUCUCAUCCAGAGCACACCUCCCAGUACUACUAAAUUUCUCUCGCUUUUCAGUUUCGUUCGACAUAUUCAAUAUAAUGGCCAGGGCUAAACUAAACCAGUGGGUGGUACAACUGCGCGACGUUGGCAAGGUCCUGCGAUGCAACUUGCCCAUAAUGGACAAGGCCAAUUGGGUUCUGUCCAGGAUUCAGAUAUCUCUUAAAUCCGCCCGUAUAAUCGAGAUUAUUACUAAUCCGAAAAGCAAGAAGCGCUAGGCAAAUAAACAAUUAGCCACGACACGAACCUCGCUUUGCGGAGCACCUGAUACCCUUUAUCGUUUAUCGAUUGACCUAGCCGAAUCACGCCUCCUGAUAACGAUUAAACAAAAAGUCGAAAUGUAGUAAAACUCGCGGAAAGUAAAUAAAUUGUUAUAACCCAAGUAUAAUAAAGAGCGGCCAGCAAGUGGCAAUACUAUUGCGAUUGUUGGGCACCCAACAACGGUGCCGGCUGGUCUGGGUGUUAUCGGAUGAUUGGCAGCUCCUUUGGAAAAUCCUCAAGUUCAGCUGCUUCUGCACACACUGACCUUCAUUAUACAUACAUAGCGUACAUACGAGCAGUUUGUGUGUGUGUGCGUGCGCCAGCAAGUGUGUGGGUGCACUGAAAAAAGGUUGGAAAGGAUACAAGCGCGAAAUCGGUGAAAAACCGGAAUAUUGCAUACC